UAAACAAUGGCGGGCCCGGAGCAGUCCCAGCAGGUAGAGCAUAAAGCUGAGCCCAUAGACGACGCAGAGCUCGCUCUUCAAGGUAUCAACAUGCUUCUCAACAACGGAUUCAAGGAGAGCAACGAGCUUUUCAGAAAAUAUAGGAGAAACUUCCACUUACUGUGCUAAUUUUAGCUCCCUGGAUAAUGAAGCCUUUCUCCCUCCAUGAGUCGCUGAUGAUGCUGAAACAAAGGACUGAAUGUCCCUCUCUGUAAAGCACUAUAUGGGAAAACAUAUCUAGUGACUAAGAAGUUCAUGGCUAUUUUUAUACCAAUUUGAUGAAUGAUUUUUGAUAAUCAAUUAUGAUCUUUAUCUUUAGUUUGUUUCCUUAGUAACAUAACUUUUCCUCUUAGUCGAUACUCAACAUUCACUGGCUACUAUUUCCCCUGCUUUCUUGAAUUAUGUUUGGUAUUAGGCCGAAGUAACUGUCUCUAUCGCUCACCCACUUCGACUCACAGUCCACUGAUGAGCUUUGGGGCCAGUUUUGUCAGCUUCCUGAAUGCCAUGAUGACCUUUGAGGAGGAGAAGAUGCAGACGGCGUCUGACGACCUGAGAACCACGGAGAAGCUGUGUGAGAGUGACAACGCUGGCGUCAUAGAGACAAUCAGGAACAAAAUCAAGAAGAGCUUGGAGUCCCAGAGGUCAGGGGUCGUGGUUGUGGACCGCCUGCAGCGACAGAUCAUUGUGGCCGACUGCCAGGUCUACCUCGCUGUGCUUUCCUUCGUCAAGCAGGAGCUCUCGUCGUACAUCAAAGGAGGCUGGAUCCUCCGUAAGGCCUGGAAGAUGUACAAUAAGUGCCACAGUGACAUCAGUCAGCUGCAGGAGACCUGUGUGAGGCGCUGUUCCUCCCAUGAGGAGGAUCUGUCCUCAGACCAGGCCAAUCACAACUCCCCAGUGGAGGGCACUGUGACGGAAGAGGCCCUGGACCGGCUCAAGGGCUCCGUCAGCUUUGGCUACGGCCUCUUUCACCUCUGCAUCUCUAUGGUACCACCACACCUACUCAAGAUCAUCAACCUGCUGGGUUUCCCUGGUGACCGUCUCCAGGGUUUGUCCUCCCUCAUGUAUGCCAGUGAGAGUAAGGACAUGAAGGCCCCACUAGCUACGUUGGCCCUCCUGUGGUACCACACAAUAGUGCUGCCCUUUUUUGCACUGGAUGGUUCUGACACUCAGGCAGGCCUGGAGGAAGCCAAGGCCAUUCUGCAGAGGAAGGCUGUGGUCUACCCCAAUUCCUCCCUCUUCAUGUUCUUUAAAGGACGUGUUCAGAGGUUAGAGUGCCAAAUUAACAGUGCACUGGUGUCCUUCCAUGAUGCACUAGAGCUGGCAUCAGACCAAAGAGAGAUCCAGCACGUGUGUCUCUAUGAAAUCGGCUGGUGCAGUAUGAUAGAGAUGAACUUUGAGGAUGCAUUCAGGUCAUUUGAGAGGCUGAAGAAUGAGUCCCGGUGGUCACAGUGUUACUAUGCCUACCUGACUGGAGUAUGUCAGGGAGCUGCAGGGGACUUGGAUGGUGCCAAGUGUGUCUUCAAAGAUGUCCAGAAACUGUUCAAGAGGAAGAACAACCAGAUUGAGCAGUUUGCCCUCAAGCGGGCGGAGAGACUGAGGAAGAUGUCUCCCACCAGAGAGCUGUGCAUUCUGGGAGUCAUAGAGGUGCUGUACCUGUGGAAGGCUCUGCCCAACUGCUCCUCCUCCAAACUGCAGCUCAUGAAUCAGGUGUUACAGAGUGUGGAUGACGCAUCGUGCAGGGGUCUGAAAAACCUCCUUCUUGGUUCCAUUCACAAAUGCCAUGGAAAUAAUAAAGAUGCUAUCCAGUCGUUCCAGCUGGCAGCCAGAGAUGAGUUUGGUCGACAGACCAACUCUUAUGUGCAGCCAUACUCCUGCUAUGAGCUUGGAUGUGUCCUGCUUGCCAAGCCAGAGACGGUGGGAAAAGGGAGAGCUUUUCUGCUUCAGUCAAAGGAGGAUUAUGCAGGCUAUGACUUUGAGAACAGACUUCACGUGCGCAUCCACUCAGCCAUGGCCUCGCUGAAGGAAGUGGUACCUCAAAGACCCGCCGACCACUGAUGUAAUGAUCACUUAGCCUCCAGCUGUGCAUUUGAUGAUACGGGUAGCAUGGCUUUUACUAUACAUUGAAAGCCAUUCAAAACCACAGUAUGUCAGUCUCAUCAGACACAUUUUUAUUUUCUUACACACACAUCCAAGUACAAUAAACCAACAAUUUCAUAGUCAAUACCAACAAUUUCAUAGUCAAUACCAAUCUAGUGUAUUAUUAUUAUUUUUUGCCUUGCAACCCCUCCUUCCAUUCUGUGGACCAUAGGAUACAAGUAACUUCUUGAAGAGGCACACCUUAUUCCCAUUUCAGGUUUUCUUGACCAUAGGUAGUAAUAGGUAGUAAUAGUACAUUUAACAGUAGGAAACAUUGUCAACAAACAUUUUCAUCAAUAGAUCAUUUUUCUGCAAUGAGAAAGUGUUAUAGUGAAGUCAAAGUGACAACAACCCUAAGAAUGAUUGAACAAGAACUUAGUGGCCUGCUACCUUGUGGUAUUGUAUCACGCAGCGUGCCAUGGAACGCAUACCAUUAAGCAGUAAAAACGUUUCAUUUUGGAGUUUUUCUGACAUUCACAUUAUAGCUUACAAGUAAUAUGCACAGCCAAAUGUAUUGUGACAUUUUAGCACAAUUUUAGUCCAAACAAUGUUAUAGAUUAACAUGAUUUAUUUUAGUUUCUAAGCAGUGGGCAUUGAUCUGCACACUAUGCAUACAAUUGCAGGGGUAUUAGUAACCCAGGGACCUGAAAGCUUCUUUUCUACAGCUGUGUACUAUAAAUUAUAAUGUUUUUUUUUCUGAGAUACUUUGGAUGACAACACCCUUAUCAGGACACAGAACACAUGUAUAUUCAUAUUUACUCUGGUUUUUAACAAAAUGCAACAAGGUCCUAUUAACUACAGGCAUUGUAAUAACCACGAUAAGAUUUAAGUUAUUCAAACUGGACAUUCAAGUUUGAUAUUCUGUCAUUUUAGUGUGAUCAGGCUUUUCUAUCAUCAGGCCACACUGAUGACGAGUGAACCAUUCAAGACAGUCUAAAACUAAAUUGAAAGUGCAGGGUAUUGUAUCACUCUUUUUAUAAUCACUCUGAGGUGCAAUAAAAGGCAAAGCAAUAAAAAGCUAAAAGUCUGCUCAUUUUACACUAGCUAUAUCAUUAGCUAUUUCAAGUCCCACUUUACAAAUAAACAAAUUAUAAAGGCUUAGCACAAGCACUACACAGCACAAAUCAUUUAUUAGCAAAUUCAUACUAUAUGAGAGGUGAUAUAAAUUGUCUUUACUUCAUACUACAUGAAGGGUGAUAUCAACUCUUUAAUUCAUACUAUACUGAACAAAAAUAUGAAAUGCAAUAUGUAAAGUGUUGGUCCCAUUUUUCACGAGCUGAAAUAAAAGAUCCCAGAAAUGUUCCAUACGCACAAAAAGCGUAUUUCUCUCAAAUGUUGUGAACAAAUUUGUUUACAUCCCUGUUAGUGAGCAUUUCCCCUUUGCCAAGAUAAACCAUCCAUCCACCUGACAGGUGUUGCAUAUCAAGAAGCUGAUUAAACAGCAUGCUCAUUACACAGGUGAACCUUGUGCUGGGUACAAUAAAAGGCCACUCUAAAAUGUGCAGCUUUGUCACACAACACAAUGCCACAGAUGUCUCAAGUAUUGAAAGAGUGUGCAAUUGGCAUGCUGACAGCAGGAAUGUCCACCAAAGCUGUUGCCAGAUAAUUGUAUGUUCAUUUCUCUUCCAUAAGCCGCCUCCAAUGUCAUUUUAGAGAAUUUGGCAGUACAUGCAACCGGCCUCACAACCGCAGACCCUGUGUAACCACGCCAGCCCAGGACCACCACAUCCGGCUUCUUCACGUGCGGGAUCGUCUGAGGAGGGGGAUGGGGGGUGCUGAGGAGUAUUUGUCUCUGUAAUAAAGCCUUAAUGUGUGGGGAAAAAAACUAAUUCUGAAUGGCUGGGCCUGGCUUCCCAGUGGGUGGGCCUAUGCCCUCCCAGUCCCACCCAUGGCUGUGCCCCUGCCCAAUCGUGAAAUCCAUAGAUUAGGGCCUAUUGAAUUUAUUUCAAUUGAGUGAUUUCCUUCUACUCAUUAAAAUCUUUGAAAUUGUUAAAUGUUAAAUUAAAUUGUUAAAUGAACAUGCCAUACUAAUAAAGGCAUUUUAAUUAAUUAUAUGAAGAGUGCCUUGGUCCUCCUUUCUUUUUGAUGACCAAUUUACCCCUUUUACCAAAGAGCACCUCCUGUCUACCAAAAUGUACUAUUGUGUAGCGCUUCCCUUCCUCCUUUCUACUUGUUAUUUGUUGCGUUUCUGUUUCUGUUCAGUAUACAUGAAGGGGGAUAUAAACGGUCUUUGCAUCUGGUGCUUGUCAAAUGUGGAAUAACUCUUUGCCACCCUUCAUAUAGCAUGGUAUAUUAUGAAUGAUUUCUAAAAUAUCUAUAUAGGCCUUGUGGUAAAGGGCUUGUGAAGGCUUCAACAUGCUAUGUUUCCUUUAAAGUGGGACUUAUUUUUUCAUGUUCAAGGUUGUUUUUGAACAUUGUUUUAUCUACACUAAAGUCAGUCACUGACCUCCCAUCUUUUCCUGUGAUUGUGUAAAGGGAUGAAGAUGUGGUGUGAUGUAUACCUUUUGACUACUGAGUGUGUGACCAGUAAGUGCUGGUAUAAAGUAAGUUCACAGCUGUAAGAGAAAAGUGUAUUAGAAUGACAUGUAAUAAAUAAUGAGUUAAAUGUCAUUAUAUGUAUACCAAAAAACGGGGACAUUCCUUUCUUAGAAAUGUGUUCUAUCCUCUUUGUUGUGGGGUUGUGGAGGAUUAUGUGGAUAGAGAUGGUGACAUUGUAACAGGAAGUUGUUCCUAUGUGGUGUCAGAGCCCUACAUACUGUUCAAUAAAGUGUUGUCAAUUAAUUCUG